AUGCCCGCACCAUCGCAAAUCCUCCGCGCCGCGCGCCCCGCCUUCCGCAGCCAGUUCUUUACCGCGCAGUCGCAAGUCUCAAGGUCCGGGUUCAAGAGCAAGUUCGGCGGCAGAAGAUGGCAGAGCACGGCGGCGCCGACAGAGAACGCGCAGCAGAGCUGGUUUAAGAGGAUGUGGGACAGUCCGAUUGGGUUGAAGACUGUGCAUUUCUGGGCUCCUGUUAUGAAGUGGGCGCUCGUCCUUGCCGGCGUCUCCGACUUCUACCGGCCCGCCGAGAACCUCUCUCUUACCCAAAACGCGGCUUUGACCGCUACCGGUCUGAUCUGGACUCGAUGGUGCUUGAUCAUCAAGCCCCGUAACAUCCUCCUCGCCACUGUGAACUUCUUCCUCGGGAUCGUGGGCGUCGUCCAAGUCGGCCGUAUCCUGAACUACAACUACAGCGUCAAGGGCCAGACGGCAGGGAAGCAAGUCGAAGCCGCAAAGGAGGACGUCGUCGAGAAGGCCGGUGAUCUGAAGGAGAAGGCCAUCGAGGUCGUGAAGUCGUAGAUUGAUUGAUUUGC